AUGGCGUUGUUCUGUUUAGAAACAUUCAAAGGUCGAACAAAGUACAAAAUGGAAUCCAACUCUAAGCUGGAGAAUAGUUUUAAAGUGAAACCCUAUCCUGUGGAUUUACCUGUGCAGCAUUAUGGCGAGCUGACCACAGGAUGUGACGAAUACCUGUCCAGUGUUAAGUCAGAUGGUGCUAGGCUUUUCACCCUUCCUCAUGGAGAGAAAGUGGAAGUAACCUGUGAGAACAUUGGUCGACUUGCAUUUCUGAGAGAUGGUGAUUUAUCAUGUUUUAUUCUUGCUCUCCACACACCUGAGGAUGAAACACAAGUGGUUGCUGUGUUCUUGCAAGGCAAAUGGUGUCCUGUUGGUGAUGUUUUGAAGACAUCGAACAAAUCAAGACGUGGACUUGUGUUAGUGGAGUCAGUGAUGGAGAGAGUUGUGCUAUUCCUGCUCAGUCAAGUUAUAUUUGGAAUUCUGGAAAGGCCUCUCGGAGAAGACCUAUAUUUUUCUGCCUAUUCCUUGUGGGAACAUGGCAAAAUUCUCUGGCAAAAUGGAGAGGCGGUUGGGUUUUACACCGUCAAAAAAAAGGGCAGCCUGUGUGACGGCUGCUCUGGUCAGAGUUAUCAGCUCCCUGUGCUGGACACUGUGUUUGUUCGCUCUCACUGGAGAAGGACCGGGCUUGCUUUACAGAUGCUGGAGGAUUUCUGUUUGUCCCAACCUUCCGAGGGCAUUCUGGGAAUUAGCUUUCCUAUGUCUCCUGGCAUGUAUGGAGUUUGCAAGAAGUAUCUCGGGAUCCACAAAGAAGAACGAGACCGUCUUUAUGAGGUGGAACCCCCUGGUGAAUGGGCUCAGAGACGCAAUGUGUGGUUAAAUAUCCAGAUGCGGGACCUCCCAAAACACUGUGGAAACUCAGAGCAGAGUCCACACAGCUCAUAUAGUCACGAAAGAAGGGAAGCUGAUUUAGAAGAAGAGGGGAUUCUGCGACAAUGUGGCUCAUCAGUCAGUCUCAAAGACACAUCAAGCUCGGAAAAGAAGCGACCAGCAGAUCAGUCCAACACAGGGAUUUGCUUUAAAAAAGCCCGGGCUUAACA